CCUGCACAGAGCCCGGCGCUCGCUCCCCCCGCAGCACCUCGGCUCCGCCGCGCUCCGGGCACGGGAGCAUGGAGGGGAGGCACCGAGCCGCCGUCCCGGGACUGCUCUUGCUUCUGCAAGCAGCCGCCCGGGUCGUGGCGGAGCAAGAGGUGGAAAACCUCUCGGGCCUCUCCCCCAACCCCGAGAAGGACAUCUUCGCCGUGAAGGAGAACGGCAAGGCGUGCCUCGUGGCCGAGUUCGCCGCCAAAUUCCUCGUCCCCUACUACGUGAGGGACGUCAACUACGUGGAUGUGAUAACUGAACAAGCUGAUAUCCCACUUUCCCGGGGAGCAGAAAUAAAAGGCAAAUGUGGCACCAAUGAAUCGGAACUGGAGCUCUCUUGGCUGGAAAAAGCCUACACCCUCCGGCUUUCAUUCAUAAAGGAAGGACACAACACUAGCAGAGGGCAGGAGGUUCUGUGGAAAAUGAACAAGGUCCAGUUCGUGUAUGACACCAGCGAGAAAACCUACUUCAAAGAAGCUGUCACUCCUGGGAAGCACACAGCCAACUCGCACCAACUUUCUGCCUUAGUCACCCCAGCAGGGAAGUCCUACGUAUGCCAGGCUCAGCAGACUAUCCACCUGUACUUGAGUGAUCACCAGAAAUCCAUAGACUUCUUGCUGUCAGAGGUCCAAAUUCAGCCUUUUGACAUCACUAAUGAUUUUGCCUUCAGUGAAGCACAUAAAUGCCCAGUGGACCAGAGGGAGCAGUUGGAAGAAACCCUGCCUCUGAUUUUGGGUCUGAUAUUGGGGUUGAUUAUUGUGAUAACUCUUUGUGUGUACCAUAUCCAUCACAAGCUGACAGCCAAUCAAGUACAAAUUCCUCGAGACAGAUCUCAGUACAAACAUAUGGGAUAGAUGGUGGGAUACAUCAGAACUGACUGCUUAUCAGGUAAAGGAAGCAAAAGCACUUUUUUUUUAUAAAUGAGGCCAAACUCUCUCUCUCUCUCUCUCUCUCUCUUUCUCUCUCUAUCAGCCCAUAGUGUAAUGGCCAAACAGAGAUGGAAACACUCUUAACAUUUCAAAGCUUAACGGGAGCGCAAAAUCCAGUUUGCAAACACACAUGGGGAAUAUCACUCCCAAUAUUCUGCUCUUCACACAUGCACUGCACUCCAUUCCUGUGUGUAGGGAGGCCAGAUAUGGGAGUAAAGGUCCUUUUCUCAGAGUGGAUUCAAGCAGCUCCAAGCUCCAAGCAGUAAUUUAGUGUAUGUAUUAUUAAGGGCUGUAUGCUGCAUUCCUGCGUACCAGAAAUUCCACUCAAGUCCAUAAAAGCUCUGAAAGAAUCUAAGGUUGGUCCCAAAAUGAAUAUUUUAUUUUGAAAAACUACAGGCCAGUGCCUCAGCUGAUGUAAACUGGUGCAUCUCUACUGAAGUCAAAAUUACUGAUUUCAACCAGCUGAGUGACUGUCACACAGAGCUGGCCUUAGGGGUGGUUGAAGUGGGCAACUGCCCGGGGCACUGGGGUCAGGGUGGCAUUAGGAGGAUAUUAGGAGGGCACCGUGUGCACAUGCAC